AUCGCCCCCUCUGCUAGUUGGCAGCCAGCUACCUCCCUCCUUCGUCCUCGCAAGCAUCGCACCAGAUCGCCCGCACCGGCCGGUAGGAGCAAGGAAGGGAGAUCCACCUAACCUAUCAAUGGCGGCCGCUGCUUCCUCCAGCGCCUGGAAGGCCAGGUGGCUCCGCCCGGAGGCGUACCCGAUCUUCGCGGCGACGGGCGUGGCCGUGGGGAUCUGCGUGAUGCAGCUGGUGCGAAACAUCACCACCAACCCCGAGGUCAGGGUGACCAAGGAGAACCGGGCGGCCGGGGUGCUGGACAACCACGACGAGGGACGCCGCUACGCGCGCCAUCCCUUCAGGAGGUUCAUCGACGGCAAGUCCGCCGAGAUCAUGCCCGGCAUCAACAACUUCUUCACCGCCCCACCAAAGAACUAGACGAAGACCACGUCGUCGCCGCACAGCUCUUGGACUCCAAGAGAGGAAGGAAUCAUUCCUCCGCCGAGAUUUUUGUUUUCCCCUUCUCAAGAAUACGGAAAUGAAUACUGUUGGUUUUUCCUCGAAUUCAAGUAUGUUAUUGGCCAUGACUAAUUGUAUGGCUGUACACCAUUGAUUGUUGUGAUCAUACACACAAACCUCGAUCUGAAUAAUCCCUCUAUAUAUGUCUUGAAGAAUAA